AUGUCUCACCAUAGUCCUGUCUGCCAGCCGUCGUCGCGUGCCAGAGGCUCUGUGAUGCAAGGAAUGUCCUCCUACGAGACGAGCCUUCACCGGCGCAGACCUUCUAUCGAGGAGACCUUCCCAAACAUGAGAGACUUCCGGCCCAGCAAAAGAACACCGUCGCGAAGUUCGUCGUCAUCUAGCUCAUCAGAAGAGAAAGAGGAUCAGGAGCAGCACCGUGGAAAAGCCACAGUAUCCCCCACAAUGCCACCGCCAACAAAUCAGAAGCAGGACCACCGAUUCGCCCGCAAAAGCGCCUCUCCUUCAUCGCCGCCCGAGCUGGAAGGUCUGCGCAGCAAGGCCCCGUCGCCAUGUCCCGAGGUGCUGAGCACCAUCGCCGAGGAGCGCUGCCCGUAUUUUGCCGCAGAUGUGCGCACCGGCCGGCCAAGGGAGAGAAAGCCCGCCACUCGUCGAGGCCGCCGAAGCUUUUUUAGACGGCCACCUUCGCCGUUCCCGCUUCGGAAGGUCAUCGAUGACUCGGACGUCGAAGACAACCAGAUGGCCUCGACCCAGCGCAGACGGGAGGAUGAGACGGCUCUAGACUCGGAUUCGGAUGUGGACGUGGAUGAGCUCCAUGACCGACACGGAGGGGCCAACGCCGGGAUCAAGAAGAGCGUCGGCGGCUUCUUCCGCAACGUUGUGGGGUUUUAUCGAGAGUUCGUCGAUCUGAAGGCGAACAUGGGUGACACCUUGGAGGCAAAGAGCAGCCGGGCGUUGCGUGAAGAAACUGUCAGAAUGCCUGCUCAGUGGCUUAUCUAG